AUGACAUCAGAGUGCGCCGUCGUCGCCGCCGCCACCACUGUCGCCAUGAACAGUGUGGGGGAGGCAUGCACGGACAUGAAGCGCGAGUACGACCAGUGCUUCAAUCGCUGGUUCGCCGAGAAGUUUCUCAAGGGGGACAGCUCCGGAGACCCGUGCACCGACCUCUUCAAGCGCUACCAACAGUGUGUUCAGGUGAGCCCUCCCGCCUCUGUUCCCAGGCCCCGCAUUCUCCGCGCUGUGUCCCACCACACUCAUCGUAUUUUACGGGGGUUGGACUGGACUGGAAGGGUGGAGAAAAGUCGCAGUGAGGCCAGUCGCAGGAGCUCGCUCCCCUACCAUCACCACCGAGGCCACUUGGGUGUCUCUCCGAAUGGCAAAUACUGGUGCAGUGCUUUUCAAGAAGCACAGUCACAUCCUUUGGUUCAUUUGGUGUUCAUCCUAAACUCGCAAGAAAGCAAUAAAGGAGAAAGAGAUUCCUAUUGAAGGACUGGAGUUCAUGGGCCAUGGCAAAGAAAAGCCUGAAAAUUCUUCUUGACCUUGACAGUCACCUUGAAGGAUUUCCCAAGUCCAGAAAUUGAGGACUCUGGAUUUUUGUCAACUAACUCUGUGAACAUAGCCAUCAGAUUUGAUGAGGAACUUAGGAGAGAGGAGUUUUAUUUCCUCCUUCGAUGUUUUCCUCUCAGUUGUAAAAGAUGAACUCUUUGAGAUGAUUUCUCACCUGCUGUGGCAUCUUGCAGGAACUCAGUGUGCUAAAAUUGAGCAAUUUUUUGAGAUUAUAGUUGCAAUACUUGGCGUGGAAUCAGCUUUACAUAAAUAUACCUUGUAUGCAAACGAUGAUAAACUAGGCAGGAUGAGCAGAGCUGCCUGACCUCUCGAUUUCUGCUGCGAAAGACAUUAUAUACACUGUACUGGGGUCAUCGUUCAUGAAAGCGAUUUGUUAGGACCUCUUUUUUCCUCUCAGGGAACUAAUGCUCUGAAAAGGGAUCUGGGCACAACAGUUUCAGUGAGUGCUUUUGAGCACACUUUUAUUUUUAUAUAGUAACUAAUGGUUAAGAUUGGUGGUGGCCUGGAUUAGCAAAGAGGAAGACAGCUUUUAACACACUUCCCUGCCUUCACAAGAGGUGUCAGAUUAAGAUGUGAAAGCUGCAAGAAUGUUGCAGUGCACACCAUUUCAGAGCUCUCAGUGUGUAGUUCUGGAAUUAAGAUACUUGGAAUAGCUGUGGAAGAAGAACCUAAAUUGCAAAGAUCUGCUAUUGCUAGCUCUCAACCCAAGUCAGUGAAUUGUCAACCUGCAUAUCCUAAAAAUGUCAAAAUGCUGCAUCUGGUUAAAUGUGGGGGUGGGCGAAGCUGAAGGUGCUCGCUUCAUUUGCCUUGUUUACUCAUCCUGCCCUGUAAUGUCUGUAAUCCUGAAGAUGGAAUAAAUUGUAACAUUUAGUUUCUAUCAUUA